UCUUGGUUCGGCGUCCCCGCGGAUUGCGCGCAAGAGGUGACACGGAGGAAGCGUGGUAGCCAGUAGCCCAGCCAUCCCUCUCGUCUGCCCUGGCCCCCUCGCCGGCCGCCUCCAUGUUCCAGCUGCCCAUCCUCAACUUCAGCCCUCAGCAAGUGGCCGGGGUGUGCGAGACCCUGGAGGAGAGCGGCGACGUGGAGCGCCUUGGGCGCUUCCUGUGGUCGUUGCCGGUGGCGCCAGCGGCUUGCGAGGCUCUCAACCGCAACGAGUCGGUGCUGCGCGCGCGCGCCAUCGUGGCCUUCCACGCGGGCAACUACCGCGAGCUGUACCACAUCCUGGAGAACCACAAGUUCCCCAAGGAGUCGCACGCCAAGCUGCAGGCGCUGUGGCUGGAGGCGCACUACCAGGAGGCCGAGAAGCUGCGCGGCCGCCCGCUGGGGCCCGUGGACAAGUACCGCGUGCGCAAGAAGUUCCCGCUGCCGCGCACCAUCUGGGACGGCGAGCAGAAGACGCACUGCUUCAAGGAGCGCACGCGGCACCUGCUGCGAGAGUGGUACCUGCAGGACCCUUACCCAAACCCCAGCAAAAAGCGAGAGCUGGCCCAAGCCACCGGACUCACCCCCACGCAGGUGGGCAACUGGUUCAAAAACCGCAGGCAAAGGGACAGGGCCGCCGCCGCCAAGAACAGGCUCCAGCAGCAAGUCUUGUCGUCGCAAGGCGCAGGGCGGUCGCUGCCGUCGGAGGAGGAGAGCGCCGGAGAGCCCCUCCUGGGAGCCGCCGCCAGCCCCGCCGCCAGCCUGUCCAGCAAAGCCGCCGCCUCCUCGGCCAUCUCUAUCACUUCCAGCGACAGCGAAUGUGAUCUGUGAGAAGGAAGAGGAGGAGGAGAACAAGAGGAGGAAGGACUGACGGACGGACGGACGGGGCGGCCGGGCGCGCGGGAGAGC